CUUCAUCGACUACUUCGUCCGAAGAAUAAGUCCAUCGACGUUCUCGAAAAAUUCUUAUCUUCCCAGUAGUUUCCAUAAGAGCUUCGUGCUUUGAGUACUAAGUAAACCGGUGCGAGAGAUUACGGCUUUACUUAAAUGCUGAAAAAUAGAGAACCUACGAUUUCCCCCGGUAACUAAGUAGCGAAUUUUCCCUGAAGCGUGAAAAUCGUUCCUUAUCGAUGUGGAGCAUCAGUGAAGACCGUGGAAAAUAUUUCUCGCAGUUGUAAAAAAUCGAGGGGAAAUUUAACUGCCCGUGAAGCAUGCCAGAUCCCCCCGAAGCGCAGAAUGAACUUGAAGUAUCGGCGACCUCGUCUCGGCCUGGUUCUUGUGCAGAUCAUUUUUCUCAAUCAAAUAUCUGCCGUCAUCUCGGGAAUUGUACCCGAAACGAAGAAGAACAGCACCGUCGCUGAUGGAGUGAUUGAUAUACUAACGUCAUGCUUCAUGAAGAAUUUUAGCACCAUCGGAUUUGCAGGGCAAGUUGACGAUGUCCUGCAAAGUCUUCGACCUUUUUCCGAGCUUGUGACUGUAGUCGUGAACAGCAAUUCGAGGCCAAAGAUCUGGCAACCCAAUUAUCAUUCGUUAACUUUCGAUCAGAUUCAAAAUUAUCCUCAAUCAAUUGCUUUCCAACGCCGUCUCCAUGUCUUCGUGGUAGGAGCUUCUUCGAAUAUCCAGCUGAGAGUUGCCCUCCGCAACAUUAAGAACACAAUGUGGUGGAACCACGAGGCAUUCUUCAUCUUCUUCGACGAGUCCUGGAAAAACAGUUGCCACAAAGCGUAUCAGUUUUUAUGGACAGCCUGGGUGAGGAACUUGCUGAACGCUCUGUAUCUAUGCGAGGAUCCUAUCGAAGGAUUCAUGAUGUACACGUUCAACCCCUACAACAAAUAUGCUCCAAAGACAUGGGAACCUGCAGAGUUCUUUAUGGAUGAGCUGGGACCCGUCGAACACGUUUGGAUGAUGUUCAAACGACAUCAUGUUCAUGGUGCCACCAAAUGCAGGAUGAUCCUCUUCGACAGAGCUUGGAUCUUGGACGGUUACGGGAUUAGGAUCGAGGUCCUAGAGAAAAGGCCCUUGUUGUACGUCAAUGAAUCUGAAAAAGGCCUGAAGAAGCUCGGUGGAGUAGAUGGAAUGAUCACGCAGGCUCUUUGGACAAAGCUGAACGCAUCGGUGAUAUUGACGAUCCUUCCCUCAAAUAAUAGUUUCCUCGGCUACCUGGGCAACAACGGGAUGUUCUACGGGAUGCUGAAGCCUCUCUUCGAUGGCACGGUGGACAUAGGGAUGAACUGCAGAUAUCUAAUGUCAAGCAGGACGUUAUUGAUGACCUAUCCGCACUUGGAGUCAGGACUGUGCAUGACUUCCAGACACCGAGGGUACGAGUCUCAGCUGACCAAGAUCACGACGUUCUUCAGCCCCGAGAUAAACCUUGCUCUCCUAGGAAUCUCCCUGGCGACUGUGUUCGUCCUUUACACUUUGGUUGGUCAGACCCUAAUUCAAGCGAUGAUGAACCUCCUCAGAAUAUUCAUGUCCACAGCCAUCACACACCCACCACGCUCGGUAUCCACCAGGAUCUUCUUCAGUAUGGUGUUGAGCUUGUUCCUGACCCUGAACGCCAUCUUCCAGGGUAACCUAUCAGCGAUCCUCACCGCUCCCAUUCCUAACCCCAACGUGGACACCUUGGCAGACGUCAAACGUUAUGGCCUCACUAUGACGGGGUACGUCGGCUUCAAGGCCCUCUUCGAAAACUUCGGGGUCGAUAAUUAUUCGCCGAUGGAAAAAUCGGAGUGCGAGGAAGAUGCGUACAACAACGAUUUCAUAGUCUGCUCUCGUGAUUGCUACAUCCUUAAGUAUAACGCCGCCAAGUUGGGCAAACUUCACAUCUCUAAAGAGGUCGUGAACCUGUACUUCGUCUACUUCACGAAGGACGAUUGGCCCUUGUAUCAUCGAGUGAGCGUUGUGAUGAAGAGACUCACGGAAUCUGGGCUGGUCAACUUGUGGAGGGAGAAGUCCAUUCCGAGCUCCUUCACUAAGUUCCUUGACGACUCUGAUGACGACCAGAAGGUGCUGACCCUCCGGGAGGUGAUGUUCACGUUUCAUAUGUUAAACACUGGCUUGAGUUUGGCGACCUUUGUCUUCCUCAUCGAGCUGGCCUCGAAGAGGUACCUGAAGAAGAUGAACAGCCCAUUCCUCGCGAGAUUCUUGAAAUUCUUUCACCAACCUUCUAUGGGAAACGGGUGGAGGCUGAAUCGAGUGGGCGUGGCCAAGCUUGCAUAAUAGGAAUCUCUGGGUUUCCUGUAAUCGAAAUUAGAAAGAAUUGUACGAUUUACGAUUAGUUUCGUGUACUUGGAUGCUUUUUCUUGAAGAUGAUUCGCUCCAUGAUAAUAUCGAUGUUUCAGCUAUGAUCUCUUAUCGAUCUUCGGGAAAACUCAAUGUUACCGAUAAUGGAGAUACCGUGAAAAUGACACACUGCUUACGUAAAGGCAAUCGAUCGUCGACUGAUCGACUCGUUAUCGGUGAUAAAAUGUUACUUGGAUCACACACAGAUGCAGGUAAAAAAGUCACGUGUGCUCGUUACACCUCCAAUAGAUCGUUUCAUAUUUUAUUGCAAUUUACUUCCUGUGAAUUUUUUUUUUUCUUCUGCAUAAGUUAAUUAUAUUUUGAUACUCUGAGAUUUUUACGCACGCAUUAAAGCGAAGUGCUUCUUUUUUAAGGCUACAGUCCAUUUGAAUUGGCGAUGGAAUUCAUAUAUUAUGAAUAUGUGUAACACGAAUCUCAAAAUAAAUACUUUAAUAUCAU